AUCUCGUUUUGUUACUUCUUGUUUACGUAGGCUACAUAUUGUUGGCUUUAAAUAAAAAAAAAAAACGGAAACGUCAUAAAUAAAAUAGAUUCUAUGGUUGAAAUAGAAUGAAUUGAUAAUUAAAUUGGGAAAGUAGAAAAAAAUAGGUAGAGAUAAAUUUAAUUGCGAGAGUAAUUAAUCAUAAGUUGCAACCUAACCUGAAAGAUAAUUGGAAUGAAUUAGAAAAAUGGACGUGAGCACGUUAUUCCGAGCUAGUGUUAAAAGCGUGAGCAUACGUCAAAAGGCGUUGGACAGCGAUGACAAAUCAAAAUCACCACCUAGGAAAUUACGUCAUGAGUCAAAUUUUUAUAAAAAAUCUCUGGCGGUAACGACACAGAUAACGAGACUAAAAGAGUUUUUGCUAGAAAAUAGACCAGCUUAUUUGAAUUUUUCUGGACAUUUGAUUAGCCAGGCGCGGAUGACUGACGCUGAGCGCGAUCAGAUUGACAGUGGAGCCCAGGAAAUAAUCAGCAAAUGCUCGCAGUUGAUAAAAGAGCUGAGACGGGAUGUUGCGGAUCAAAAUAUUGGACAGCAGUAUCAUGAGCAUCAAGAAAUAAUGAUAUAUUUAAUUGAGGAAUACUUGAAUAAUGUUUGCAAAAUUUACUCCGAGCAAAAAGCAAUCCGGGUUAAGAAACAGUUGGAACUUAAAUCUAUGUCUAAAUUGGAGCUGAAUGUUAAAGCAGUCGAGGAGAGUUCAAGUAUUUUAUCACAAAAGUCUGGUUUGAACUCGACUGAAGAAAAAAAAAGUUCAUCAGCAAACUCGAGUCCGCUGAAGGUCCAGGAGAUGAAUGGAGACGUCAACUCGCUGGCUUAUGAAGAAGAAUUGUCGACGGAGGACGUCCAGAUGUUUGAAGCCGAAAACGAACAGCUUUACAAUGAACUGAAUACUAUUACUGAGGAAGUAAAACAGAUUGAGAGCAAAGUCGUUCACAUUGCCGAGCUCCAAGAAGUAUUCACUGAAAAAGUCCUGGCGCAGGAUCGCGAUCUAGACAAACUGGUAUCUACCGUCGUCGGGUCUACUGAGAAUGUAAAAGAAGCCAAUGAGCAGAUACGUCAAGCUAUUCAACGCAAUGCUGGACUUCGUGUUUGGAUUCUUUUCUUCCUGCUCGUCAUGUCCUUUUCCCUUCUCUUCCUCGAUUGGUACAAUCCUUAGAUUUUAUUAUUUGCUUAAAAAUUCCGUUGUACUCUUGCUUCAAUAUCAAUAUUAAAAUAUUAAUGUCUUUAAAUAAUGUAUAUGUUUUUUACUAU